UCCCCACUUCAAAGAGAGCAACUUUCGUAAAAUCAACCCAACAGACAGACCAGCGAGCAAAUCAGAGCAACAAAAGAGUUCAAUGGCCAGGUACGACAGAGCAAUCACGGUUUUCUCGCCGGACGGCCACCUCUUCCAAGUCGAAUACGCCCUCGAAGCCGUCCGCAAGGGCAACGCCGCCGUCGGCGUCCGGGGCACCGACACCAUCGUCCUCGGUGUCGAGAAAAAAUCCACCGCCAAACUCCAAGAUUCCAGAUCAGUUAGGAAGAUUGUAAACCUGGAUGAUCACAUUGCAUUGGCUUGUGCAGGGCUCAAAGCUGAUGCUCGUGUCCUUAUAAACAGGGCCCGUAUUGAAUGUCAAAGCCACAAGCUUACUGUUGAGGAUCCCGUGACAGUUGAGUAUAUUACACGCUACAUUGCUGGUCUUCAACAGAAGUACACACAAAGUGGUGGUGUGAGACCAUUUGGUCUUUCAACUUUGAUAGUGGGAUUCGAUCCCCAUACUGGUGUACCAUCCCUCUAUCAGACAGAUCCAUCAGGUACAUUUUCUGCAUGGAAAGCCAAUGCAACUGGAAGAAACUCUAAUUCAAUGCGAGAAUUUUUGGAGAAAAACUACAAAGAAACUUCUGGUCAAGAAACUGUCAAGCUUGCUAUCCGUGCAUUGCUCGAGGUUGUUGAGAGUGGGGGAAAGAACAUUGAAGUUGCUGUGAUGACAAAGGAGGGCCUGCGUCAACUUGAUGAAGCCGAAAUUGACGCCGUUGUUGCAGAGAUUGAAGCAGAGAAAGCUGCUGCUGAGGCGGCAAAGAAGGGCCCUCCCAAGGAUAAUUAAUUUGUCCUUUUCGCUUGCCCAUAUGGUUUCUUAGCCACCAGUCCCGAUAAUUCCAUUGACUUGCGAACGUAAAAUUCCGUUCAAGGUUCUAAUCUGGUGUUAUGUGGAUUAGAAAUCUUUUGGUGCUUGUACUGCAAAAUUGCUUUAUAGUUUGACUUCUAUUUCUGGUUAAAAGUUGUAGCAAGAGGUAUUGUUGACAUUGGAUUAUAAUUGUUUUCAAUUAUGGGAUGUUUUCAA